AACAACAGGUAUGUCUCAUGCCAUGCGCGCUGCUAUAUACGCAGAAGUUUGGGCAUUGCGAGUUGCACGAGGAACUACUUCCAGGAGUAUUUGAUACCACACGAGCUGACCACACCUCCCUUAGUGACAAACGCCGUGGUUGGCUUCGGAGAAUGGGAACAGUGUCGAUCGCGAGGCAUUCAAGUGUCCUUCUGCUUUUCGCUGCGCUAGUUUCUGGAAAAGGUGGUGGAAACGAAACGUAUUGCGACAAGCAGGACGUCGCUGUGUGCUACUGGGGCUUUGCUGACAGGUUUGGGAAAAUUCCUCUUUUAGGACGUAAGGACAACAAAACGUCCUAUUUGACAAACCUGUGCUUGAGUGAGUCAUCGGAGUUUCCCGAAUACAACUUUUGCAAGCAACAUCGCUACGGUAGGUGCACGGAAAGCGAGAGAAAGGAGUUCUCUAGGAUGGAAAGAGGCUACGUGGCGCUUCGUGAAGAAUUAACUUCAGCACAAAACUGCGAGUCUGUGGCACAGCUUCGCGAAUGCAUCGAUCUCAACGUGAUGCGCACUUGCAGUGUCAGCCUUGAUAUGAAAAGUGGCACUUUGGAAGAUCAGGUGCCUGAACAGAACAGGGGAGCACAAAACUUGAAGGGAUGCGUCGAGGCAGCGGUUAAAACGUGUGGCGUGAAGAAACACCAUGCCGCGAUCUCCCACCUGCUGAAGAUUGUUGACGCCAUUGUCGAGCUGUCCUGGUUACCUCUGAUGCAAAACGCUGCUUACCCAACGAAAAGUGCAACAGCGGCGAUUGCAGCAUGCCUCCUGGGAUUGGCUGUACGGAGCUAUGUGUAGAUGAGCACGCAUGUAUUCAAGCCUCCCCCCCCCCCCCCCGCAGUCACGGAUCAUGGUCAAUGAGACAUUCGGUUCUUCAUACCAGACAAUUAAAGACCCCAUGAGAAACGCGCCCGUGAAUGGGAUUAUACGAAUCAUCUGAAGACUGCUCUUAGCAUGCAGUUGCGUUCAGAGUGAAAAAUAUAUGGAAGAAAAUAAAUACGUUAAGACUACAUGUACAUAUUCUAAGAAA